AUGGUCGUCCGUCCGUAUUUCACCAAAGAAGGAAAAGUACUUCCUUUCGACAAAGUCUUAGAGCUUGAACAAAUCGACGAGUCGACAUUCCGCUCGAUAACCAGAAGCUACUCGGCAACAGGAAGAGAAACCGGGAGUUAUGGGGGUCAUAUCUUUGCGCAAGCUGCAUGGGCUGCAGCACAAACUGUGAAAGAAGGAUUCCUAAUACAUAAUAUCACCGGCUGGUUUAACCUUGUUGGAAACCCCAACGAGCACUUCACCUACCACGUGGAGAAAAUCCGCGAUGGCUACAGCUACUGCUCUCGCAACGUAACCGUGACCCAAGCCGCAGCAAAGGGAAGCACGUUCACAUGCGUAUGUUCUUUCAAGCGCGAAGAAACCGCAUCAGUCGAUGCCCAAGCGCACAUCAACCUAAAAGAAACGUACCACGAAGUACUGCAAGACCGAGAAAACGAACCAAUGCAACACUCUGUAAGCCCUAGUAACGACUGCGCCGAAUUCGUCGAAGACUACCUCCCAGUCCAUCCCGAGCACUUCAACCCAGCCCCCGGCCUGCAUUUCCGAAAAGUCGAAAUGGCAGCCUACAACCGCACCCGCGCACCACUCGACCGAAAGCAACUGAACUUCUACUCACUGCGAGGAUCGCUCCCCUUGCCUACAGCACCGUUCCCACCUCCGACGGAUCCCAAGAAAAUGAAUCUGACAAGAGAAGCAAACCUGCACGCUUGCACCCACCUCUACGCCUCAGACUGCCAAUCCCCCCAGAUCGUCCCGCGACACCUCGAUAAACCCCGCGACUUCACACACAUGGCAUCGCUGAGCCACAGCGUGAUUUUCCACACUGGCAUUCGCGAUCUGAUGAUGGCUCCUGAACCGCGUGUCGAUCAUCCGGACGCUGAUCCCACACUUUGGGAAGAUGGGGCUUUGCCAGUGUGUAAUCUGGAGGGGUACGGGAAGGGAGAUCGGGAUGGCAGGAAGUGGUUUGUGCAGGAGUCGUGGGUUACGCGGGCGGCGGAGGGGAGGGCGCUGUAUGUGAGUCGCAUGUGGGAUUAUGAGAGGGGGGUGCAUGUUGCAACUAGUUUCCAGGAUGGGUUGAUUAGGUUUAGGGAAGAUGCAAAGUUGUAG